AUGGCCAACACCACCAAGAGCACUGGUGGCACCACAGAAUCCACUGCUAGUCUUUCCGCCUACCAUGCAGCGCUGCUUCUGAACUUGGAAGCUUCCCGCGCCGGUAGAUCACCCGCGAGUGCUGGGGGUUCUGCCGCAAGUAGCACUACUACUAGUCAAGGCAGCGGCAGCCAAUCUCCUACUAGCACCCGUACUACUACUACUAGUGCCAGGGGGGCUUCUUGGUCUUUUGCAAGAUGUUCCGGAAAAGCUGGUGAAGCGCAGAGUACUGGUACCAGUAGUGGCAGCAGCAAGUCUUGUACUAGCAAUGCCGUGUGGUUUAUACGGUCAGUCUUUUGGUGCAGUCUACUCUGGAUUGCCAUUCUGCUAGGUAGCCUUAGCGUGGUCAUGAUUGGAAACAAUGAGCAAGCUCUGGCAGAACGGCAGUGGGAAACCGUAUCCUCACGCUAUCUUGCCGCAAUAGAGCAAUCCUUAAGGUGUCACGAAGGUGCUGCCAAGAGCCUAGCUAACAUGGCAGCGCAGCAGCAGUCACGCACUGCUGAUUGGCCCCACGUAGUUCUACCUGGCUUUGAAGACUUGGCACAACAAUUUGGCGAGGGCCACUGUGGUGGGGGAGCCAAAUUCUCCUUUGCGCCCAUGCUGCAGGCCAAUUCCACGCAACUCUUGUUGGACUUGCAAACUAGUUUUGAAAGCUUUGCCUACCAAAACCUUGGUGGUGGUGGCUACCAGGACCAAGCUGCUCCCCUGGGUAUCUGGAAGCUUCAGGAUGGUACUGGUAGUGCAAAAGUCCUUGAUGAAGGCAACGAUAACGAGCCUUUGUUCCCCCUCCUUCAAACAAACACAAGACCGUCCGAUAAUGACUUGUUUCUUUGGAACCUUCGCAGUGACCCAGUCCUUGCCGAGGCUCUUGACGAACUCAUGGAGUGCACUGAGGCAAGGAAGCAAUCGCACAACGUCACUAGUAACGACAUGUCGUUGUCGACCAGGUCCUGUGAGAUUGAGGUCAGCUCGAUUUCUCAGCAAGAUCGACGGUCCUAUCUGCUCGUACCAGUGUACCCUCAAGACGACCCAUCACAUCUCGCCGGUGUCAUUCUUGCCGAAAGUCGUUGGGAUGGGGUGCUGGCAAACGUUAUGGAAGACGGACUCUCCACAGGAAUCACCAUGUCCUUGCAAGCAAAGAACAAGAGCAAUGACAGAGAACGUCCGCAAGAGGCGUUUUGGUACUCGGUCAACCGCAGUGGAUCAGUCGUCUUUCGGGGGCAACCGGCUCAUCCGGGCCACUUGUCAACAGACCCAAAGUUCCAUUCCCGCCAACGAUCCAUCGAGCUCAGAGUUGCAUCAUCUGAAACAGCGCCAGCGCCAGCAUCAUCGUCAUAUGUCCUGACACUCUAUCCCAAUCGCGAGUUCUGUGACACCUACAAGACCAAGAACCCUCAAGUCAGCAGCAUUGGGGCCGUCCUCAUUGUAGUCGCCAUGUCAAUUCUGUUUUGGCUAUAUGAUUACUUUGUUCGCAAAGAGUUCAACUCAAAGCAACAACUUCUCGAAGCUAAACGAUAUUUCAUGCGCUUUGUAUCUCAUGAAGUCAGGACGCCUCUCAACGCUGUCUGUUUGGGUCUGGCCCUCCUCAAGGAAGAGCUCGACGACGCCAACGCGGCGCAAGAGCCACCCUGCAACAAAUUUUCAUCCUCCACUUCCACUUCCCUCUCCUCCAGCAUCAGUUCGUCAUCAUCUACCCCUGAUGUCGAAUCCUUUUCCGGCCUCGUCAACGACAUUUGCGACUCGGCCGAAUCUGCUGUCCAGGUACUCAAUGAUCUAUUGCAGUACGACAAGAUCCAAAUGGGAAAAUUCACCAUGGAAAACACCGUCAUCUCCAUCGUCGACCUCGUACAAGACAUUUCCAAAGAGUUUCGGCUCUCUGCCCGCAAAAAGAACAUUGCAGUGACCUUGGAUACCAGUCCCAUGACGAUGAUGCGAGAAACAACAAGCCCGGAUAGCAAGCGUCGUUGCGACGAGGAAAUGGGCCCAUUCCAUUCCCCACAGGACUUCAAAGUUGUGGGAGACAAGAUUCGAAUCACUCAGAUCCUUCGAAACUUGGUUUCGAACGCCGUCAAGUUUGUCCCCGAACAAGGUCACAUAACCCUCCGACUCUCCUGGGUUCCAAACUCGAACACGACAAGCCGCAGCCCACGCGGGAAUAAGGGAUGUGACGCCAGUUGGCACGAACGAUAUGCCACACUCCUGCAGCAUCGAGGCGAUCAUGCAGAGCCGCGCAACAAGUAUGAUAGCUACACUCUCAAGUCCGGCCAAGAAGUGAGCUACGAACGGCAGGGUAUGCUCCACCUUGAUGUAAUUGAUACCGGGGCUGGAAUGACCCCUUCUCAACUUAAGAAACUCUUCCAAGAUGGCGCCCAGUUCAAUGUGAAUGAGCUACAGGCCGGACAGGGAAGUGGCUUGGGGCUAUUCCUCAGCAAGAGUAUGGCCCAGCAGCACGGUGGAGAGCUGUCGGCGGCAUCGCAAGGGCUCGGGAAGGGCACCACCUUUACAUUCACGUUGCCCCUGUACUUUAUUGAAAGCGAAAGUUCUCGUGAUACCAUCUCCAAGAGUAUUCCUUCUUCCGGCAGCACCUUGUGGAAGGGGGCGUCUACGACUGACAGAUGUAGUGAAAGCGACGAAGGACUCGACAGUCGUCCAACGAUCCGUAUGAAUGGAAGAUUAACUCCGGAACCCCACAACGAGCACGCAAAGAUACCCACGAGCACAUUGUCAACUGAUCCGGUGGUUGACCAGAGCCACCAAAACUGUUCCACACUACCAUCCUGUCAACCAACUCCAGCCAAAACACUUCCAGUUUUGCCCGGAGCAGUUCCCAAUGCUGCGAAAUUGGCACCGCAGCCACAACUUCGAAUCUUAGUGGUCGACGAUGUGCCAUCGAAUCGAAAACUCUUGGCCCGAAUGGCUCGUAACCGAAAGCACAAUGUGGAUGAAGCCUACGAUGGCCAGCAUGCUGUUGAAAAGGUGAUGGAGUCCUUAGCUGCAGACCAGGAAAAGGGCGCAGCUAACCCCUACCAGGUGAUUCUGAUGGAUUUUGAAAUGCCACGGCUGAAUGGACCAGACGCAACUCGUCGCAUUCGCGAAAUGGAAGGAUGCCAAGACAUGUUUAUAGUUGGCGUAACGGGGAACGUCCUGGCAGAGGAUGUGGCUCGCUUUCUGGACAGUGGGGCCGAUCAUGUUCUUCCCAAACCGGUAAAAUUCCCAGCAUUGGAAGCUCUGUGGAAAGACAAGUUCCCCACCUCUGGUGCAGCUGGCAAACUCCACAACAAGCACGCAAAGAUACCCACGAGCACAUUGUCAACUGAUCCGGUGGUUGACCAGAGCCACCAAAACUGUUCCACACUACCAUCCUGUCAACCAACUCCAACCAAAACACUUCCAGUUUUGCCCGCAGCAGUUCCCAAUGCUGCGAAAUUGUCACCGCAGCCACAACUUCGAAUCUUAGUGGUCGACGAUGUGCCAUCGAAUCGAAAACUCUUGGCCCGAAUGGCUCGUAACCGAAAGCACAAUGUGGAUGAAGCCUACGAUGGCCAGCAUGCUGUUGAAAAGGUGAUGGAGUCCUUAGCUGCAGACCAGGAAAAGGGCGCAGCUAACCCCUACCAGGUGAUUCUGAUGGAUUUUGAAAUGCCACGGCUGAAUGGACCAGACGCAACUCGACGCAUUCGCGAAAUGGAAGGAUGCCAAGACAUGUUUAUAGUUGGCGUAACGGGGAACGUCCUGGCAGAGGAUGUGGCUCGCUUUCUGGACAGUGGGGCCGAUCACGUUCUUCCCAAACCGGUAAAGUUUCCAGCAUUGGAAGCCCUUUGGAAAGACAAGUUCCGCGCCGCUGGUGCAGCUGGUAAGCACCCAAACUCAUAGAAAGGAGGCUGAAGCUAGCUGGCUAUGUAUAUAGGAGCGAUGUAAAUAGAAGCUAAAGCAGCAUGUACAAACUACCACACUAUACUCUGUCCCUGCUCUCAGUCCAGC